AUGAUAUUACCGCAGGUUAAACGUUAUUGCCCAGGUUGUGGAAUCAGACAAACCAUUUUUGAUGAAAAAGGAAGAAAGAAAGCGAUCGAGGCUAAAAAAAUGUUAAAAAGGAUUAUGCGAGGAGGUAUGAGAAGGGAAAGGGAUGAGGAGGGCAGGGACGGAUAA